AUGCGCAUGCUAUGGCGCGCCCCCUCACUCUUGGCAUUGUACCCAGUGCUACUGCUACUCGUCAGCACCACCAUCGCAGACUCAAUUGAGGAAGAUGGGGUCGAAUAUGUAGUAGGAACCAUCGACGGCGUACGCGGGCUAGUCAGAGAUGACCGACAGCCAUCUCUAUACACUGCCGACUACGGAGACUGCCUUGGCGAAAGUGCUAUCAAUGUCACGCGGUUCGAUGCAGCAUACUACAAGGACAAUAUGACUAUUAUCUUUCACUUGGAAGGUGAGACAGCACUUAGAAAGGAGGAUAUAAUGAUGAAUAUCGGUGUCUUUGCGUACGGAGAGAGCCGAUUCGACCUUACCUUUGACCCCUGCAAUGCCAACAUAGAGAGAUCUAACGUUACUAGUGCCUGUCCUGUGAAAGCUGGCGUUACGAUUGAGGCUGCAGGGAUCAUACCGAUUAAUCAGCAAGACGUCGCUGGUAUCCCACCAAUUGCGUUGAGCAUUCCCGAUUUUGAAGGGCAAGCUGUGUUACGGCUAUUUUCAAAUUCUACGCAGAAAGAGAUCGGCUGUUUUGCUGCGCAGAUCACCAACGGCUUUACCUUCCAGCAGAAGGUGGCUGUAAGCUCUACCCUGGGGGCCUUUACGGCCAUAGCCGUCGUCUCAUCCUUUGUUACGGCCAUCUACGGAACCGAAGUUGCGGAGAUGCGCAAGCAUUACGCCCAUUCAUUAUCAGUAUCCGUCGUCUUUGCCGUUUGGCAUCACAUCUUCUACAGUGGGGCGGUCUCGAUGAACUGGCCCAGCGUUCUCGUAGCCUUCUGGGGUAAUUACGCCUGGGCAGGGGGUAUGAUCUAUUCCGAGCCGAUGCAAAACACGAUCAACGACUUUAUUGGGUCAAACAAAGGGAACACGUCUCAAGUCGGUGCUGCAGGGACGGGCCAGAGUAAUCCCAAUGUCGGAGGUGGCAUCGAUAGCCAUCAGAUUUACAAGCGAGAUGCUCGACCAGAAGACCUAAAUCUGCAAGCUGCUCUGUCAAAGCGUCGUCUCGUCGAUGCAUUCAGUGGCUUCAAGUACUAUGGGCAGCCGGUCAAGCCUGGUUUACCGCUUCCAGGCAACUACUCGGGAUUCGCUGGUACACUUGCGACCCAGCGCAUACCAGCGAGCAACGCUUUCAUGACUGGACUACUAUGGCUUUUGAUCUUGAUUGGGAGCAUCGCCUUCUGUGUAGUUUCCCUCAAAGCCACCCUCGAAGUUUUGAGCGCUAUGCGCGUUGUCAAACGCGAUCGACUCGGUUUGUUCCGAUGUCAUUACCUGGGCUAUCUUGCAUCGACCAUACUACGCACAGUCUUCAUUGGGUUUUUCAUGGUGACAUUUCUGGCCAUGUUCCAAUUUUCCUACCUAGCUCUAUCUGGGCCUGUCGCAGUGGCCUGUAUAGUCUUCCUCGCUGUUGUAUUUGGCGUAGGGAGUGUUGCUGCCUACGCAUGCUUCUCUAGGCUUCGUAUUGGCAAGUACGUCUCCGAGCCAGACCGAAUCAAUAUGGCGAGGAGAAGGCUUCUAAAGGUUAUUCCAUGGUUCAGUAUGUCAAAGAACAGCAAGACUCCACGUUCAGAAGAUCUGGAAUAUAUCGGUUCAGUCCCUUGGUGGACAAUACAUGCCAUGGCGGACGUUGAGUCCAUCCACGAAGACGAGCACUAUAUCAUACGAUUUGGGUGGCUUGCAUCACGUUAUAGAAGGACUCGCUGGUGGUUCUUCGUCGCCUGGCUAUUUUACGAGUUUGUCCGCGCCUGUUUUCUCGCGGGCGCAUCCAGUCGGCCCUUGGUGCAGGUUUUCGGUUUACUGGCAGUCGAGGUUGUUGCCUUUCUCAGCUUUAUCAUCCUCCGACCUUUUGAAGGACAACGUCUCAACGUACUGGCCAUGUAUCUUCUUGGUUUCAGUAAAGUGGCAACUGUGGGACUUUCUGCAACUUUUGACUCGCACUUUGGCAUCGCUCGUAUUCCAACGACGGUGGUUGGAAUCGUUAUCAUCGUCAUCCAAGGCCUUUUGACCUUGGCGCUUAUAGUAUUGAUUGUCGUUGGUGCUGUCUCCAGCUAUAUGUCCAUCUUGCGUAACCGCGCAGAGAUCAAACCGAGGAGUUGGAACGCAAACCGCGAGAAAUACUUUGAGCGAAUGGGUCUUGCCGCACAAGAUGUUCCACUACGGCAACCGUGCCCGGUUCCAGCACAUUCGAUGCCGGAAUCACCGAAGCGUCCACAUUUUGAAGUGAAGCGGGUAAAGCGGGUGGCCAAAGUCGAAGAUGAAGACGAUGAGUUCAUGGAAGAGAUCAAUACUGAUCCCUCAGCCUCGCAGCUGUUACUGCCUGAUCAAGGUACCAUUGAGACUCCACACGGACCGAUUCAACGCAACAGAAAAGGAAGUCUUCAAUCACAAGCAUCUUAUUCCAGUCUACCUAGGGCGGCACGCGUACACCGCCCAAGUUGGAGCACGCAGGAUUACGCUGAAUCAGUGGAGCGUGGACGUCAAUGGGCCUUGAGUGAGACCCAUGUCAACAUUGGUUGUGAAGUUCAGGAGAACGGCGAAAGAUAUGCAAGCCCUUUUCGUAUCUACAACAGCCGAUGCAUCACGCCAGGUCUUUCCUCUUUGGCACCCUCAGACGAAGGCUACAUCGGUAGUCCAGAGAGAAGAGCACCAAGUAGGCUGACUUCAAUCUCAAGAUCGAGCUCGACACAACAGCUACAACCAAGAAUUAGCGAAGAAGAAAUAGCUUUGGUGCCAGAGGCGCGCAAAAUGAAGUAA